CGACGAGGGCGACACCGAGGCCUGGCCCAUGGAACUGGCGGACGUGGGGGCGGCAGCCAGCUCGCAGGGUGCGCCGCAGCCAGAGGAGCCAGCGGCCUCCUUGGGUGUAAAUAAGAAGGGUGGGGCUGGCGGACGCUCUGGGCGGCGGCCACUGGGGCGCGACCGUCCCCGCCCCGCUCGGCCCCUGUAAGAGAGGGCUGCCUCCUCCUGCCUGGUGUUACGCGGCGGGUACCUCUAGAGGAAUGGCUUCACCCAGUAGGAGUAGGGUGGGGCGUGUCCACACUACAAAUGCGUGUCGAGGGUGCAUCUGCAUCGUCAUCUGUGAGGGGCCAGGUGGGGCGGGAAUCCCUCAGCCAGCCAGACGACAACUGCAGAGGCUUCUGGGCCUUUUAAGUUUGGAGAAGUUGAGGACCUUGUCGCUCAUUUGGCAGAAGGAGUUCGUGAUCAAGUGUUGCCCACACGAAAUUCUUCAUCCAGAGUCAUAGUACAUGUGGAUCUGGAUUGCUUUUAUGCACAAGUAGAAAUGAUCUCAAAUCCAGAGCUAAAAGACAAACCUUUAGGGGUUCAACAGAAAUAUUUGGUGGUUACCUGCAACUAUGAAGCUAGGAAACUUGGAGUUAAGAAACUUAUGAACGUCAGAGAUGCAAAAGAAAAGUGUCCACAGCUGGUAUUAGUUAAUGGAGAAGACCUGACCCGCUACAGAGAAAUGUCUUAUAAGGUUACAGAAUUACUGGAAGAAUUUAGUCCAGUUGUUGAGAGACUUGGAUUUGAUGAAAAUUUUGUGGAUCUAACAGAAAUGGUUGAGAAGAGACUACAGCAGCUGCAAAGUGAUGAACUUUCUGCGGUGACUGUGUCGGGUCAUGUGUACAAUAAUCAGUCUAUAAACCUGCAUGACAUCUUGCACAUCAGACUACUUAUUGGAUCUCAGAUUGCAGCAGAGAUGCGGGAAGCCAUGUAUAAUCACUUGGGGCUCACUGGCUGUGCUGGAGUGGCUUCUAAUAAACUGUUGGCAAAAUUAGUUUCUGGUGUCUUUAAACCAAAUCAACAAACAGUCUUAUUACCGGAAAGUUGUCAACAUCUUAUUCUUAGUUUGAAUCACAUAAAGGAAAUACCUGGUAUUGGCUAUAAAACUGCCAAAUGUCUUGAAGCACUGGGUAUCAAUAGUGUGCAUGAUCUCCAAACCUUUUCAUCCAAAAUUUUAGAAAAAGAAUUAGGAAUUUCACUUGCUCAGCGUAUCCAGAAGCUCAGUUUUGGAGAGGAUAACUCCCAUGUGAUACCCUCAGGACCACCGCAGUCCUUUAGUGAAGAAGAUUCAUUUAAAAAAUGUUCAUCCGAAGUUGAAGCUAAAAAUAAGAUUGAAGAACUACUUGCUAGUCUUUUAAACAGAGUAUGCCAAGAUGGAAGGAAGCCUCAUACAGUAAGAUUAAUAAUCCGUCGAUAUCCCUCUGAGAAGCACUGUGGUCGUGAGAGUCGUCAGUGCCCUAUUCCAUCACAUAUAAUUCAGAAGUUAGGGACAGGAAAUUAUGAUGUGAUGACCCCAAUGGUUGAUAUACUAAUGAAACUUUUUCGAAAUAUGGUGAAUGUGAAGAUGCCAUUUCACCUUACCCUUCUAAGUGUGUGCUUCUGCAACCUUAAAGCAGUAAAUACUGCUAAGAGAGGGCUUAUUGAUUAUUAUUUAACGCCAUCAUUAUCAACAACUUCAUGCCCUGGCAAGCACAGUUUUAAAAUGAAAGACACUCAUAUGGAAGAUUUUCCCAAAGACAAAGAAACAAACUGGGAUUUCUUACCAAGUGGAAGAAUUGAAAGUACAAGAACUAGGGAGUAUCCACUAGAUACCACAAAUUUUUCUAAAAGAAAAGAUAUUAAUGAAUUCCCACUCUGUUCACUUCCUGAAGGUGUUGAUCAAGAAGUCUUUAAGCAGCUUCCAACAGAUAUUCAAGAAGAAAUCCUUUCUGGAAAAUCUAGGGAAAAAUUUCAAGGGAAAGGAAGUGUGAGUUGUCCAUUACAUGCCUCUAGAGGAGUAUUAUCUUUCUUUUCUAAAAAACAAAUGCAAGAUAUUCCCAUAAAUCCUAGAGAUCAUUUAUCCAGUCGCAAACAGGUAUCCUCUGUAUCUCCUUGUGAACCAGGAACAUCAGGCUUAAAUAGCGGUAGUUCUUAUAUGUCUAGCCAAAAGGAUUAUUCAUAUUAUUUAGAUAAUAGAUUAAAAGAUGAACGAAUGAGUCAAGGACCUAAAGAACCUCAAGGAUUCCACUUUACAAAUUCAAACCCUGCUGUGUCUGCUUUUCAUUCAUUUCCAAACUUGCAGAGUGAGCAACUUUUCUCCAAAAACCACACUACAGAUAGCCAUAAGCAAACAGUAGCAACAGACUCUCAUGAAGGACUUACAGAAAAUAGAGAGCCAGAUUCUGUUGAUGAGAAAAUUACUUUCCCUUCUGACAUUGAUCCUCAAGUUUUCUAUGAACUACCAGAAGUAGUACAAAAGGAACUGCUGGCAGAGUGGAAGAGAACAGGAUCAGAUUUCCACAUUGGACAUAAAUAAGCAUAUUCAGCAAAAAAGUCUGAAAAUCUAGGGAAUACCAUUAUUUUCAGAUUAGCAGUUUAUUAAGCUCUUCUAUAUUAAAACACUAAUAGAUAUUCAAUAAUGGAGUAAACUGUUCGAGAUAAAGCAAGAAUAGUUGCAGGAAGUAAAUUCUGGCACAAAGCAUAAAAAUAUAACAGAAGAAAUAAUGUAAAAUACUAUCUUUUCUGUCUAAAGCUGUUUUAUAUUGCUUUUCAAUAAAAAGAAUACAUGGUCAA